GAAGAAGAGCAUGUCUCGCAUCCCAAUACGACAAGAGUCUUCACAGCAACCGCUGCAGACAUUAAUGCUAAGAAAGCAACCUUCCAGUUGUGACAAAAUUGCACAAGUAUCAGCAUUUUGGCUUCUCAGAUGGAAGAAGCCUCAGGAAUAGAAUACCCAUAGUUUUGUUUCUUAUUUAGUUUGCACUUUUGCAUUAACAUUUCCCCACCAAAUCCCUUCCUUCCUCUGUUCUCUUUUCACUCUUUGGAGACGAACCAGUGAAGGGUAGAGGCAGUAAUAGAACAGAGGAAGAGCUCAUGAAGAUUUCAUGGCUUCUUGGUGUUGUUGCCUUGGUUCUCAUCAUGAGCUGGGUUCAUGGCUUUGAGGUGACUGCCGCUCCUUCCGUUAAUCCUCUGCUCGUGGGUCUCACCCUCAUCCCCUCUGCUGCCGACAAGGGAGCUGUCUGUUUGGAUGGAACCUUGCCAGGUUACCAUUUACACCGUGGUUCUGGAUCAGGCGUUAACAGUUGGCUCAUCCAAUUAGAGGGCGGAGGCUGGUGUAAUGACAUAAGCACAUGCGUAUUCCGCAAAAAAACUCGCCGUGGAUCUUCAAACCUCAUGGAGAAGGUGGUAGAGUUCACCGGGAUAUUGAGCAACAAACCAGAAGAAAAUCCUGGCUUUUACAACUGGAACAGAGUCAAGGUUCGAUAUUGUGAUGGUGCAUCAUUUAGCGGUGAAGGCUACAAUCAGGCUGCUGGUCUUUUUUUCCGUGGGCAACGCAUUUGGACAGCUGCCAUGGAAGACCUUAUGUCAAUAGGGAUGCGCAAUGCCGACCAGGCUCUUCUUUCUGGCUGCUCUGCUGGUGGUCUAGCAUCCAUGCUACACUGUGAUGAAUUUCGAUCAUUGCUACCGGGGACCAAAGUCAAGUGCCUAGCUGAUGCUGGCUUGUUUCUUGAUGCUGUUGAUGUGGCUGGUGGGCAUACUCUAAGAUCCUUUUUUGAAGGUGUAGUCAAUUUACAGGGGGUGUCUGUAAACCUGCCUGCAGCUUGUAUGAACCACAUGGAUGCAACAUCGUGCUUUUUUCCAGAAAACUUGUUGGCAUAUAUUCAGACUCCACUUUUUCUGUUGAAUGCAGCAUAUGAUGUGUGGCAGCUCCAAGAAAGCCUUGCCACUAAAAGAGCUGAUCCUCAUGGCUAUUGGCAAGAAUGCAAGUUAAAUAAUGCAAAUUGCAACUCCAGCCAGAUUCAAUUUUUGAAUGGGUUCAGGAACCAAAUGCUUAAUUCUGUGAAGGAGUUUUCAUCGUCCAAAGAGAAUGGGUUAUUUAUUAACUCAUGUUUUGCUCAUUGUCAAACUGAGAGGCAAGAUACAUGGUUUGCAAAAGAUUCUCCUCGUCUUGCUAACAAGGAGAUAGCCACAUCAGUUGGUGAAUGGUACUUCGACCAAGCUGGAGUUCAGGCAAUAGACUGUCAAUAUCCUUGUGACAAGACAUGCCACAACCUGGUAUUUAGUCGAAAUCAUCAUUAAUGUCGCCCAAAAUCUCCAUUUAUGAACAUUCAGUGAUCACUUGGCAACAUUACUGAUUGGUAUUCCUUGAAAUUACUCAUUCUUCAGAACGUUGGGAAAUAAGGUGUCUUCCGUAAGGUCCUAAUCUGCUAUUAUUCCAAGUUCAGAAAUUUGAACUGAUUAUUGUUGUGAAAGACAUAACCAUUGUAUGCCUGAUUGUACAAUUUUAUUGAAUUGAUUUUAAAGAACAAUAUUCCCUGUUUUUCUGCUAUCA